AUGGGACUAAGACUCAGAAAACUCACACAAACACUUGAAAGCAAGCAUCCACAAUAGUACAAUUUCCCUAGAGGGGCUGAUCAAUUCGAAUAUUCUCCGGAUAGAUCAUAUAGUUCCUUAUAAGGAGAUGUUUACGACCUCAACAGUCAAUUAAGACGCAUUCAUCGUAGAGUUCUAUCUUAAGUUGCAUUUCAAAAAGGAAAAUCAAAAGAAAACAAGAUAAGCACUCUAUCUCCCAUUAAAGUAGAUUAGUUCAUGGUCACAAAAGCAAAACUUAAUUCAUAAAGAUUCUUUCUAAUGAAUUAGGUACGUAAUGUUAGACCCAAGUAAAAUAAAGUGUAGUCUUCAUAAAUGGUCAUCUAGAAGUCUUCUUAAAAGAGAGGUUUGCGAAUGCAUACAGAUACGAUUGAAAGUAUAACCAAAUAUCGAUUGGGAUGA